AUGCAUCGCCCCUCUAUAGCUGUCUUAGGAGGCGGUUUAACUGGCCUUUCUUCCGCAUUCUAUCUCUCUCGACGCUACCCUGAAGCUCUAAUCACUGUCUAUGAGAAGAGUCCCAGAUUUGGGGGCUGGGUGCACAGCGAACGUAUUGAUGUGACCCCUCCGGAUGGGGGAUCGGCACAAGUUCUGUUGGAAUCAGGGCCUCGGACUUUGAGGCCAAAUGCUAAGGCAGUUUUGGAACUGAUCAAUCUCCUCGGACUAAAAGAAUCUUUGGUGACUACGCCCAAAACAUCGCCAGCUGCGAAAAACCGAUUUUUGCAACUACCAGAAGUUCAACCUCAUGGUAUCGUUUCAUUGCCAACGUCGAUUCCAGCCCUGCUUUCCUCUCCCCUGCGGGAUCACCUUCUCUGGAAUGUGCUUCGAGAGUCUUUGAAAUGUGGUAAUAGACCUUCGGGGGUCAAUGAUGAAUCCUUCGAUGAGUUCAUUGGUCGCCGUUUUGGGGGUUCAUUUGCCCGAAAGUUCGGCAGUGCGCUAGUACAUGGGAUAUACGCCGCUGACUCGCGAAAACUUAGUGUUCGGGCGGCCUUUCCCUCUUUGUGGGAGGCGGAGGAACGUGGUUGGGGAAGCGUGAUUCGAGGAUUACUUGUUCCUAACACGCAACGUUCACGCCCUAUUGAUGAUGAUUACGAGGCUGGGGAUAUCACCAAGUUGAUGGAAAGUGUCUCGGUGUUUUCGUUCAAAGACGGAAUGAGCACCAUCACGGACACUCUUGUUGAAUACUUGAAGCAGCGCCAACAUGUGCGCCUCCUCCCUAAUACUGGCGUGGAAACUCUUGCUGUGCUGGACGGAGGUAUUCAAGUAAGCCUGACAAAUGUUCUCCAUGAAGCCAGCUCAAGUUCCACAGAUCAGAACUACGGACGGCAACGUCGUCCAUCCAAAUUUUGUGGUGUCAACCCUUCCCCUUCCCGGGUUGGAUUCCAUUGUACGACCUGCCGCAUUGUUACCCUACUUAACUGCCAACCCCUACUCAUCGGUAGCUGUCAUAAAUAUUAUCUUUCCACUGGUUCAGGGCCAACGACCAAUUCAUCCACCUGGUUUCGGUUAUCUGAUUCCUCGUCCUUUCUCCGGCUAUUCAGAACUGAGCUCCGGAAUCCUUGGGGCUGUAUUCGACUCUUGUGCUCUAUCCUCUCAGGACAUGCCAGAGCAAGCUCGAUCGCGAAUCACGAAAUUAACCGUGAUGAUGGGUGGCCCGUAUCCUAUCACACCGCAGCAUACGUCGCUAGACAGCGUAAUGAAGCAUCUGGCUAUCCAUCUUGGAUAUAA